UAUGUGAAGUGACGCACAGCGAUAAGUGGAUGAAUAGAAUCAUUAGUUUUUAAUAAAUUUAUAUAAACCUAUAAAUCUAGCUCUAUAUGAAAAAUAAGAAUUAAAAAGUCUAUAAAACAGUGUUACUGUUGUGUGUUCACUGAUACUUUCGUGGAAAUAACCGAAUAAACCGGCCGCAAGAUGUGGAAAGCAUCAACGGAUGUAGCGCCACCUCCGCCAGUGGAGGCUGAUGACUGGGAAACCGACCCUGACUUUGUCAAUGAUGUGACUGAGCAGGAGCAGCGGUGGGGCCCUGGGGGCAGACAUGUGGAGGCCAUUGACAUGGCAAAACUUCGGGAAGAGGUUUUCGAGGCGGACAAACAAGCAAAGCAGAAGGAAUAUGAACAUGGUCCUAAACCAUCUUAUGGUUACGGAGGUAAAUUCGGAGUACAGACAGACAGAAUGGACAAAUCAGCGGUGGGUCACGAUUAUGUGGGCAAAACAGAAAAACAUGUGUCACAGAAGGAUUAUGCUCAAGGUUUCGGCGGCAAAUUUGGCGUGCAAAGCGACCGCAUGGACGCGAGCGCGGUCGGCCAUGACUAUGUGGGCGUGGUCGAGAAACACGCCUCGCAGGCUGAUUACGCUAAGGGUUUUGGCGGCAAGUUUGGUGUACAGACUGAUCGGGUUGAUAAGAGUGCAGUGGGCUGGGAACAUCGCGAGGCCGUACCAAAGCAUUCCUCCCAAAAGGACUACGCAGUGGGUUUUGGAGGCAAAUUCGGUGUGCAAGCUGACAGGCAAGAUGCUGCUGCCGUGGGAUGGGAACAUCGCGAGCAAGCUACUAAACAUCACUCGCAGACUGACUAUAGCGUCGGUUUUGGUGGUAAAUUCGGCGUACAAACAGACAGACAAGACGCUACGGCGGUCGGCUGGGAACAUCGGGAGGAGAGUCAGCGGCACGCCAGCCAACUGGAUCAUAAGCGGGGUUUUGGCGGUAAAUUCGGCGUGGAAACAGACCGAGUUGACAAGUGUGCGCACGCGUUCGACGAGGUGCAGAAAGUUGGAACGAACUACACGAAGCAGAAACCGGACAUUGGCGCCGCUAAACCAUCGUCUAUAAGAGAUAAAUUUGAGAACAUGGCUAAGGAGAAGGAACAGGAAGCAUUACAAUCGGUGCAAAGGAUACGACAGGAAAGGCAAAAAACUGAUAAGAAUCUAAGUGAAAAGGAAAAGGAACGUCUAGAGAAGGAGAAAGAGUUGCAUCCUGAUAUAGAAGAACCUGACCAACCUCGACUAAUACCUCGUACGCCACAGAAGAUAGCACAGCCAACGCAGAAGAUAGCCCAAGAGCCACAGAAGAUAGCCCAAGAGCCUCAGAAGAUAGUCCAACAGACACAGAAGAUAGUCCAAGAGCCGCAGAAGAUAGCUCAAGAGCCGCAGAAGAUAGUACAAGAGCCAGAGGUGGUUCAAGAACAGCAAAUGCAAGCAAAGACGUGUGAACAAGUGGAUGUGGUAGCGUCUAGUGAGGAAGUGAAGGCCAGCUUGCCGGAUGUGACGUUGACAGGCGAUAGCAGGGAACCGGAAAAGGAAGAGAUACACCGUCAGCCAACCAUCGUGGUAUCGCCCGUGGGGUGGGAGGGGGAGAACGAAGCAGAGGAAGAGGACGGCUACAUCGCCCGAGCGCUGUACGACUACCAGGCGGCCGCGCCCGAUGAGAUCUCCUUCGACCCGGACGAUCUCAUCACCAAUAUUGUCAUGAUCGACGAGGGCUGGUGGCAAGGUCUAUGUAAAGGCCAGUACGGGCUGUUUCCCGCGAACUAUGUGCAGUUGCAGGACAAAUAGGAACAUUCCAAUAUAUUUUAUAUAUAUAAGUAAGUGAAACUUUAACAAAUACUAUAGGAAUUGUUGAUAAUUUUCAUUGAAUAGUUGUUUUUAAAUACGAAUGUAUUAAAAUUAUGUAAAACGCGUAGAGUUUAUUUGAUGUAAGACGGGGAUGGAAUGUUCUAGAAAAAUUUUAAAAGCAUUUCUCUCUAGUUGAAGUAUAACUUCAUGUUAAAACUAGUAACUCUAUUUUUGUUCUUAAUCGAUGUAUAAUUUAUCAAAACGUCUUGAAAUUAUUUGAUAUAAUUAAAAUAUUACAAAAUUCUUCAUACAUCUAUCUAUCUUAUAUAAUAUAC